AUGACCCUCCUUGUUGGCGACUGCACCAAACAAGCCUACGCCAAAACCAAAGCCCGAAAGCCUAACAGUGCCCAAGUUCUCGUCUUGAAAAGAGAGCAUGUCGUUGCCAACAAAAUAUACACCACGAGAGCAAGAUUUGGAGGCAGAAUGAGGGAUAUAAACAUAGACUACGGCUACGACGAUGAUACCAGACUCUGUUUCAGCGUGGAUAACAAAAAGGUCUUGCAGAUAAAGCGCCUAAAGUGGAAAUUCAGAGGAAAUGAGAGAAUUGAAGUCGAUGGAGUGCCCGUACAUAUCUCGUGGGACGUGUACAACUGGUUGUUCGAGAAAGACAGCGAAGAUGGGCGUGCUGUUUUCAUGUUCAGGUUUGAAGAAGAAGAAGAACAAGAAGAAAAAGACAAGGAGACGAAUUCUUUGAAUGAGAAGAAUGGGAUGGCUUUGUGGGAGCAACAGAGCUGGGGUUAUGGGUUGAGUAGGGUCGAGUGGAGGAAGAGCUUGUCGUCGUCGUCGACAUCAAUGUCUUCAUCGGCGGGAUCAUCGGGAGGAAGUUCGGUUCUGGAGUGGGCUAACGCAGAGGAGACUGAGUUAGGUGGUCCAUCUGGGUUUUCUUUGGUUGUUUAUGCUUGGAAGAGGUGA